CUUGUGUUUAGUCUCUUCAACCACAUAUUGACUCGCAUGCACACCCGUUAGAAUUUCGCGCACGUUUAUGCUCGUUGUUAGUUAGCAGACGAUAUUGCCUUGAUCGGUGUUUCUGUCACUCUUUAUUUCAUCUAUCAAUGUUAGGAAAGCAAAUAGAAAAUGCAAUGGAGACUGAGUUAAAGUGUCGCUUGUUCUGUACUUCAAUAUCAAUGGCUUCAAAAAAGUUAGAGGAAAUAGAGUCAGGAAACACUUUAUCGGAGAACAAUUCAAUUCCUCUUAAUUCACCAUGUGAAACAUGGAAAACGCAUCCUAUUGAAGUUUUUCAGAAGAGAUUAAGCUCUAACAUUAAGAAAACUAAGACGACUUCAAAGUCAGUCAUGGAGUUUUAUCGACGACAAGAUGAACAUAUUCGUGAAUUGGAGAAGAUCGCAACUAUUAUGGAUGCAGAAACCUCCGAUGUAGAAGUAACCUCCAAUCAUCAUUCUAUUAGGCGGCAAACGCGAAUUAAUACAAUGAUUAUUGGUGUUGUAUUUUGUGCCAACGUGGUACUUUUAUUGGGUAAAGCUGUAGCAUCUGCAUUAUCAGGGUCAUUAGCAAUCAUAUCAUCUUUGUUAGAUAGUUGUGUCGAUUUGGCUUCCGGUGGAAUCAUGUGGUUUGCUGCUCGUCAAAUGCGUAAAAGGAAGCCAUACAAAUACCCAGAAGGGAGAACACGACUUGAACCAUUAGCAGUGAUUGUACUCUCUGUAUUUAUGGGUAGUAUAUCUAUACAACUUGUAGCUGAAUCUGUACAAGCCAUUGUUCGUAUGUCACAAAAUAAUCAAGAGGCACCAAACGUUAAUGAUUUAGCAUUGGGAAUAAUGGCAUCCGUAAUUGUGACUAAACUAAUCUUAUGGAUCAUUUGUUUUAAAUUUGGUGGUGGAAUGGCUAUCGAUGCGCUUAAAACCGAUCAACGUAACGAUAUACUUACGAAUGCUGCAUCAAUUUUAUUUAGUGGUCUUGCUGGACGUUUACCUCCUUUACUACGACAAAAACAAUACGAAAAUCUUAAGUAUUUAGAUCCCGUUGGAGCUAUACUUAUUGGUUCUUAUAUUUUGUAUUCUUGGUAUAAACUUGGUGCUGAGUAACGUUAAACGCUUUAUUCACUUGGUUGAACUUGUUCAUCAUCUCAUAAUGUCUGGGUCUUGUAAACGAUUUUUAUAAACAAUGAAUAGCAGAAAAAUAAAGUACACAAAAACACUCUGGAUAAUAAACCAGUAUUAUCAGGGUAGGUUAAGGGUAAGAACAAAUUGUUUUUGAACACAUAAAGGGGAUUCAGCUUCCGAAUAGCCAAGGCUUCAAUAAAUCUUAGAAUAGGCCCUUGAAAGUUUUUGUACAACACUACGAAGUCUGACUUGUUAUCAACCUUAUAACCAGUCUCAGCCAAAUGUCUCGCAAUUGAGGAAGAAUUCGGUUUAUCACGUGAUCUUAUUUGACCAUCGGAAUUCAUUUUUUUCUGCAGCCAUUUGCGUAUGUGUUCUGUCGCCCUUGCUUGCAGGUCACAAUUGCUCCUCCCCAAGUACGUGUUUUCUCACAUACAUGUUAAUUGAUAGACACAAUGAGAUGCGACACAAUCGCUUACGUGCUGUUUUGGUUUUCGGUGAAACAUAGACCUUGUGUUUUCAAUAAUGUCAAGUUGGGCUGCAUAAAAUGUCUUGUUGACGGUUAACUUAGGUCUCCGUUUGAACAUGAGAUUAUUUGAGUCACCUCUAAGUGGUAACAUAACGUCAAGUGGCUUUUUAGAUUCCAUAAGUGGUUAGUACAUUGUUUUUGUGUACUUUAUUAUUCUUUGUUACUGCCUCCCUUUAAUCCAUCUAGUUGACCUCUUGCUUUUCAUAUAAAAAUGCCCUAACAAGUAUAUGUAUGAUCAGAUUGUUCGAAAUGUAUUGCGGAAAUAUACCACGUAAUUCCGAUAGUCUUAGUUUUCUGAUCGCAUUAUCGAAAUUUAUCAAAGUGACUAACUGUUUUGAAUAGAAUAAACUUAAUUUUUGUAAAGCGAGAAUAACAAACAUUGUGGCACGAAGUGAAUUCAUUUCAUCUUCAACACACGCAUUGAUUUAGAUAAAUAAACAAAAUAUUUCGGUAAAUGUAAUUUUGUGUGUAAUAUAUAUAAAGUAAUUUAGUUCACUAGUGAGAAAAUAAUCGUAAAUACUCUCUAUAUUCCUACAAGUUCAAAAUAUUGAACAGAUGAUAAUGAACGGAUUGAUUGAAAGGGAGACCAAGAUGUAAUUAAUUGAGUAUAGCAGAUAUGUGCAAAACUGUUGUGAUGAUACUGUACAGCCUUUUUCACCCCUAUUUAAUCACAAUAAUACUUUCAUUGUUCACUUUGGUGAAAUUUUCAUUUCUAAUUUAUGGUUAUUAUAACUAGGCUUAUGAUUCUAACACUAUUCAAUAGGUUGUUUGACCUCUUAUGAAGACAUAAAUAUUGAAACACUUUCGUUUUUUUCAUACUCUCGUCAAUUAUGAUUGUUAUUGUUAGUAUUAUUAUCACCAUUAGUGGGAUCACUUCAUUAUGAUUAUUUUGGUAAUUCCUAAAGCUUUCAUUGUUUUGUCUUGUACCAUCAUAACGGUUUUGUGUAUAUCUGUUAUACUCAAUUACAUCUUGGUCUCCCUUUCAAUCAAUCCGU